UUGUGACGUCACGCUAUUGAUUGUAAAAAGGAAGGAGAUCGUCUUUUGGAGACGCCAUCUUAAAAUAAAGUGAUAUAAGUUUUUGGUAGCGUAGAUUAUAGUUUAAAUCUAAAGUAAUCUUCUUUAAGAAAUUAGCAAUCGAGCUUAGAUAAUUUUUAUUCCGUGAUACCAAGUGUAACGGACCAAGCUGGUGGUCGGUGCGAGGGUGACCUCCUGAUGGUGUGUACAUCGCAGCAUGUCUGCACUCUCGACGCCGGGCGGCGGAGGCACUACGGCGCAGAGCAAGCCGACGUCCGGCAAGCAAAAAUAUCAGAAGUUGGACAUCAAUAGCUUGUAUUGCGCCAGCAGGAACGAGAAUUCAGAGCCGUCCUCAGUAAAAUCUCAACUAAGCCGCAAACAUGGAAUGCAAAGUCUUGGAAAAGUACCUUCAGCUAGGCGUCCACCUGCCAACUUGCCUUCUUUGAAAACUGAAACUGGUCAAGAUCCUAACACAAACUCUAUUUCUGCUGUUGCUACAACUGUAUCUACAACCUCAACAUGUACCUCUCAAACUACAUCAACAACGUCGAACAGCAGUGUGGUUGCUGGUACUGGACCCGGCGGAUGGGUGGCACUUCCACCUCCAUCAUCCCCACACUUCCGCACAGAGUUCCCAUCAUUGGAGGCAGCUGCCCAACCUUCACAUCGGUCGUCAGAACAUGCAACACCACAACCACAACUCAGACCACAAACAGCGGAAGGCAGCUGGACGUGCGGUGGCACUGCGGGCGUCCGCCAGGAAGCCGCGUCGUCCGCCGCCGCCGGGCCCGCCUCCGCGCCUGCCUCACAACAGAGUCCUGCCUGCCUCCCAAGAUCGAUUUUGCCAUCCUUCAUGAAAGGUAGCAGUGGUGGCGGGCUCGGGCUGGGCACGCUGGGCGCCCUGCGCGAGAGCCGCGGCGGCGGCGGCGGGGGCGGCGCGAGGCCGGCACCGGCUCGCGCGCCCGCCACGCCGCGCGCCGUCGAGGUGCUCACCGCGCGCCCGAUCCUGCGCGACGAUCAAAUCUCCUCACUCGAUGACAUCUCCCGCGACGCCGGCUGGGCGCAGCAGGACGACAUCGACUAUGAUCAGAAGCUGGACUUCUCUGACGGCGAAUCGUCAGCCCCUAACAAAGGGCACGGUAGAAGCGCCGGAAAUCGUGCGAGCGUCGACAACGAGCGCGCCGAUCCAAAGCUUCAUGAACCCGGAGACGAGGACCAACUUUGGGCAGAACGUCGGCAAAAGCAGAGUAAUGAAGUAGCUCAAGCCGUCGCCCGCGCUAGGCAACGCAAGGAGGAAGAGCAGCGGCGUCAGCUCCGGGACGCUCCUGCACCCCUGCAGCCCAAGGAUGCGCGCGAUCGUAUGGACAGGGUAGUCGACCGAGACCGCAACGAUAAUAGGGAUAGAGAGCAGGACGCAAGGGAGAAAGACAGGGGUGAUAAUAGGGACCGGGACCGCGCCGAUAAUAGAGAUCGAAUGGAAAUUAGAGACAAGGAGCGUAACGAUCUACGUGACAGAGAAAAAGAUCGAGUUGAAAGCAGGGACCGCGAUCGCUUAGAUAACCGGGAUCGCUACGAUAACCGAGAUCGAGACGUACGAGACCGUGAUCGUGAUCGCGAACGUGAUCGCGACCGAGACCGCGAACGUGAUCGUGAACGUGAUCGCGAGCGUGACCGCGACCGUGAUAGAGAGCGAGACCGUGAGCGUGACAGGUUAGAUAAUAGAAGUCGAGUCGAGAAUAGAGAUAGAACUGAAAGUGAUAAAGAAAGGAUGGAAACACGAGAUCGAGAUCGCAAUGACAACCGGGACCGCACUGAUAAUAGAGAUCGCAUUGACCGCGACAGGUUUGAUAGGGAACGAGACCGCACGGACAGAGACCGCGAUCGCGAUCGUGUUGACAGGGAGCGAAACGAUCGAGAAAGAGAUCGCGACCGCGACCGUGACUUUAGAGAAAGGGAUCGUGACUACGGUCGUGACCGUGACCAAACAAAUCCAGCAUUUUCUAAAACGUUCCAAGCGAAUAUACCACCGCGAUUUUUAAAGCAGCAGCAGAAUAGACAACAAGACGAUCAUAAAGGCUGGGCGUUUGCUGGAAAACCAGCGCCAAGACGUCAAGAACCGCCGUCCUACAAUGCACCACGACAUGCACCGCACAAUGGCCGCCGUUCUUAUUCACGGGACUAUUCGGACCGUGAAGAUGACUUUAGAAGAGAUCAAAAAGAUGGACCUGGGCCGCAAUGGCGGUCUGAAAUGCAAGAUUACGAAAGAUCUGGCCGUGAAUUGGACAGAUCUAAUUCGAAAGAUUCAUAUAGUGACUAUAAAGAUAGGAGGAAUGAAUCUGAUAAAAAAACAAUAGAUACCUCUAUUGAACCUAGCAGUCGUACUGCUGCUGAUAAACUGACAGAAGUAUUUGAACGAAAGAGCAUAGGAAUCGCUGAGCCUUUCGCAUCCGUCGAGUCGUCAUCUCAGACUCUUGCUCCUGAACGACGCAAUACUCCUCCCGCGAGUUUAUCACGAAGAGAAUCCACUGAAAGAGAUUUUGGCAAAACAUCUUGGGCUGAAGUUACCCAAGAGGAACCUAAUAAUUCCAAUCAUACAAAGUUAUCAGUAGAAAAAUUACCAACAAAGGAAGAUUCUAUCCCUAAAGAAAUUCUUGACCGCGACGGUGUGACUGAUGAAACAAAGCGCAGCUCUCAACAAUCUCAUCCCACUCAUUCGCUUCAACAGUCACAGCCCGCAUCAAGUAUUAUAACAAAUGUACCAUCACUUCAACCUCAAAUUCAAAAAGGCCCAAAUAACCAUGCAGUUAAUGUUCAAAACUUUGGCCAAAAUCAACAACCACCUCAAUCAAGUUUUCAGUCACAAGUAUCUGUGAGCCAAUCUCAAUCUUUUUCUGAUAACCAAUCUAAAUCUGCACCAACGCAAACUGUUCCUAAGCAUCACAGCCCUACAGAAACGUUGACCAACAUUUCCCAAACACAAAAACAAACCCCUGCGGAACCAAUAACGCAACAGAAUAUAGCUAAGCCUAUGUUUUCAUCUCAAAAGUCUGAAAAAGAAUUUUCAGAAUCUGAAUCAAUAGCUUCCAAGUCUAGUACUGACCCAUCAAGCUUAGCUGGAAUCAAAGUUAAUGAAACAUACUCUGCAGAAUCUCUUCAUGCUAGUGCAGCUACCCAAAAACGACCUGAAGAUAAGAAAAACGAAAGGGUCAGCAAUGAGCAGCUCAACAAGAUUCCUCCUAAAGAACCAGUAGAACGAAAAUCAAGUGGCUCAGGAUCUGAGAAGAAAAGUAGAGGUUAUGGUGGAGGUGGAUAUGCCGUUUAUAACAGAGGGUGGGGACCAAGACGACGAUCUCAUCGUAGCUCACGAUCCAACAAUAGAGCGAGUGAAUCCGAUGGUUCCACCGAUGGUGCCCCUAAUACAGAACGCAAAGAGCGGCGUAGAGCACCUCGUAGUCCCCGUGGUCCAAAGAAUUCUCACGAUAAGUCUGACGAUGUUAAUCGACCUCCAACAAUGGAUCAACCUACUGCUGUAACCGAUGGCAUGGAAAACCGGGAACCAUUCGCACCUCGUGGACAACCAUCUCGAAGGGGUCGUGGAGGAUUCCAAGGUACUUCACGGCCACCCGCGCCUGCCAAAAGAGUCACUGGUUAUGGACCACCCAAUACUAAAAGUCCAUUUAGCCAGGCUAAUAGAGCUGUUAAAGAUAAUGAUGAAAUGAAAGAUAAUGCUCAACUUGAUGACAAAAUGAAGGGAAAUAAUAAGUCUAGAACUGGUUCAUCAACAGGAAGGGGUCGUGAUCGACGCCCGAAAGGUACGGGGCCGAUGAGUGGAGAGGAUGAAAACUGGGAAACCACGUCUGAACAUUCCGAAGGUGGUGGUACAUCAAGCCGCCGCCGUUCUGUCGCGGGAAGGUCAACUGGUCAAUCUCAAAAAGGUCAAGGAGGGCGCAAUCAGAAUUCUGGAACUCGUCAAAACAAUGGACGCAACUCUCAGCCUACCAAAAAAGACCCUGCGACUGAUAAUAAAACUGGUGAUAUUACAGAGGCUAUGACAGAUCUCAAACUUACUUCUGCCAAAAAAGAUGAUGAAGUUGUUGAUGACGGUUUCCAGGAGGUAAGGAACAAAAAGAAUUCUAAAGAUACGAGAGGCCCUUCUAAAGAGGAAAUCCACCAGCAUACAGCAAAACAACCUAGAUCUCAUUCAAAUCAAGGUGGUGGUAGGAAUGGGUCCACAACUAGAAAUCCCAAUGAUAAGUCCAAUCCACGUGGUUCUGCUCCAGUUUCCAGCAAAUCUAAUUCUCAAUAUGAUCGGCCUCGUCAAGCCAACUUGGCGCCUCGAUUUGUUAAACAACGACAAAAGCAGCAAAUGGGAUUAGUAUCUGGUUUCGGCCCUGACACCGGCGCGGCACCUCCGCCGCCUCCCGUCAACGCCUGGGACAAACCAAUUUCACAAACACUACGUGGCAAUGUGGAAGAACCUGCAGAAACUGUAGAGAUGAAAUCUGCUCAAUCCAGUCAACGGAGUACGCCCGGAGACACACCAGUAGAAAAUAAAACCACUCCCCAGCCGCCCUGUGCUAUUGCGGCUGACAAAAGUGGCGUGUUAGAUGGAGCUACUCCCCCUGUUGAGACUAUUAUAUUUGAAAAUACAAAUUAUAAAACGACUACACCCGAUGAGACCUUACAACAAAAAUAUCAAAUUAAUACUACUAUUCCCAAAACACAAGCUGAGGAAAUAAAUACAGAAUUAGAAAAUCGAUCCCUAACAUUCAAUGGUGAAGUUAGACCUCGUCCUAGAUCGAUACAGGAACUUAUAUCCGACAGACCGGUAGUAAGUGAUGCUGAUGCUGCUAGUUUGGGUCUACAAAUGUCUUUUGAUACAUCACAAAAACCAGAAGAUUCAUCUGAUAUGAAAUUAGAUUUUGCAUUUGAUUCCGACCUUGGACAACUAACAGAAGACAAAUCUGCGAAGUCUCUCGGCUUGCCACGUGGCGUACACAUGAGCACAUCAAACACUAUUUCUCCUCUGGCAGCUGAUCUCAAUUUAAAAAUCGCCAGUGUUAAGAAGGUUUGGGAAAUGCCUGCAGUGGCUGAAGGCACAGAAGAUAUACAGUUCGCUGGUUUUGAGGAAAACAAUACGGAGACUGCCCCACCCAACGUUUGCAAAGUAAAACCGACGCAACAACUACAGUCGCCGCCACCCCAGCAUUACAACCACGUGGGAUACCAGGGCGGGUACGGAAGCCUGUCGGUGCCGUCACCACCCGCCGUUAUGUUCAAUUCUUCCCAACAGCUGCUAAGCUCGUCGCAACAGAUGCCGCAGCAGAGCGGGUUGUACGGUGCAUUUCUUGACCAAAGUCGUGGUCAGUUCGGCGGUUUCCCCGGCACACCGUAUGGCGCCGGUUCGGCCGCGCCUUACAACUACCAACCUCCCCCUGACAUGUUCCAGAGCCUUCCUAAUCAGUACCGCAUGGCCGCAGCCGCUGGUGGUGGUGCAGCAUUCGGCCAGUCGGGCCAACUGGGUAAUAGUCCCAGUACUGUUCUAAUCUCGAGCACUUCUAAUUCUCUCAUGUCAGCCACUGUCAAGCCUUCCACUCAACAAAUAGGCGCUAUUGGCAGCAAAGGUGGCGGCGUCGGAGGCGUGGGCGGCGUGAGCACGUACCAGCAGCAGUACCUGGGCUACUCGGCGCCGGUGGGCGAGGCGCCCUACUCGCUGCCGGGGCUGCUGCCGCGGCCCGCGCCGCCCGCCAGCUCGUACUACUCGCCCUACCAGCCGCCCGCCGCGCCCGCGCCCACCUACCCGCUGCAGUUCACGCAGCCCGCGCAGUCCACGGCCUUCGGCUCGCAGUUCCUGUCCUCGCAGCUGCAGGUUGCAGCCGCCGUUCAGCAGAUGCAGCAACAAUAUCGAGCACCGUUGCAACAACAGUACGCCCCGCCGCAGCCUCGACCGCCGCCGCAGCAGCUAAAGAGCCCACUACACGAGCACGCCAAUGGUUUCGCGCCACUGUGCGAGGCAGCCUCGCCGACGCCCAAGGGCGCCGCCAAGCCGCAGAAGCCACCGCACUCACCUCCGCAACACAAGUACCACGCGCCGCCUCCGCACCCGCCACCUGCUCACACUCCGCAUCAACACCACCAGCAACAGAUGGUGAGCGGUGGAAACAACGGGCGAUGCGGAGGCGGCGGCGGAGGGGGUGGCAUGGGUCGCGGCGGCAUGGUGGCGCCGCGCUACCCCGCGCCGAUCGGGCAGCGGCCGCACGCGCCCGCGCUGCCGCUGUACCGCGCGCCGCCCGCCGCGCCCGCGCCGCGCCCGCACCACGCGCACCAGCCGCCGCGCCCCAACCUCUACUACCACCAGCAGCAGCGCAACGGCGGCGGCGGCGAGCGCGCGCCGGACGGCGGCGACGCGGCGGCGGGCGCGGAGGACGGCGACGCGGCGGCGGCGGAGGCGGCGGCGCCCGCCGAGGUGAAGGCGGAGUGAAGGGCGCGCGGCCCGCCCCGGACCCGCCGCCCCGUGCGCCGCACGGAGACUCGCGCGCAGAUCCCGCGCGCGGCGUACGCUAUUCGACGUCGCCGACUUUAGAUUUUCGGUAUUUUAAUUAGGACGUAAAUUAUGGAAGUGAUUCUGAGCCGUUCGACUCGCGGUGGCCCCUCGGUCGCCACCGAGUCGGCCGCGACGAUGCGCGGCGCGUUCUGUUCGUAUGUAAAUAUGUCGAUCGGACGGCCAUCCGACUCCUUGACUGUUAUAUUUAAGUAUAUAUGGACGCGACCGGUCGGCGGCUCCGCUACGACGACCGGAGUUCCCCGGGGACCGCGCGUCCUUGUCCGAUGCUGCCUCGAGACCUCUCAUUAGUGAAUAUGUAGCUACGGAUUUUGCAGAGCAAAUGUCGAUGCGAUAUAACCGAAUAAUAAAUAUAAUUUGGAGCACAGACUACCGAGUGCCGUUCGGCGCGUCUGCCGAUCGACGCGGGUUAGCGCUCCAUGUAUCAUAAUCAAUUAAUAUUAUAUGCGAAUAAAAAUAUUAUGACCGAA